AUGGCCUUCAGCUGUGGACAGACAUCUCAGGCCCUAGUCAGGCGCAGCUGUCCUUGAACAUCAAUGUUGCGCAGGCGAGAGGAAUUUUCCACGACGAUAUACCACCAACACGUGGCCCGCAUGCAUGCCUUCGCACUCUUCUCAGAGCACAACAGGUUGACCGUGGAGAGGCCUCCUCGCAACGGCUCGAACCCCAGGCCGACGUCCCCAAAGUGGUUCUUCUCCGCUGACUCCGCCUCACCCACCCAAUAUGCAGGAAACUGGAGUGCACUUCCUCCCAUCCACUCGUUGACCCCAUGAAGGGCGAAUGGGGCCCCACGAUCCUAUCUGCUCAGCGCUGCGUAUCUCUCGUGGACGACGAGAACCGCCAGGGUGGCAAAAGCUGCCGCCCCCUAGUGCCUGCAGCACGAUGCAUUGGGAAGGGAGGAAGUCCCGGCCCUUUGACCACGGGGCCGCUGGCCGCAGUCACGAGCGCAAACGAGAAAGUAAGCCAGCACAAGACCGUGCAGGGAUCUGCGUGCUGUGUAAUUAUCAGCGUCUGACCAGAAUAACCGACGCCGCCGAUAUGCUGUCGGAGAAGGUGUCUUUGACUGGCGCCGCUUUGCAAGUGUGUCUUCGGACACGGCACGGCCCAGGGGUGGCAGAAGCGGGGCCGACUUCCUCCGAAUGUGCUUCCGUCCCGGGCGUCAAGGGAUUCAGCUGCCAUGUCCACCAAUCCACUGUACCGACGACGAGAGCGGCGGCCCCAACUUGCGAAAGCAGCGAUUGGGGCAGGCUGCCUCGGUCACGAUGUGUCGCACCAGAAGUCGUCUGUCAAUCCCUGGCGUCACAUUCGGUUGGAGUCAACCUAGUCAUGCAAAGGGACAAAUGCCUCGUCUCGCCGCUGUUGCGCCGAAAUGCAUGAUUUGCCGCGGGCGCUCGAGGCUCUCACGCGACGACAAUGG